AUGAGUUUUCCAAUUCCACAAAAGCCUGAUGCCGAUGGCAACAAGAUAACCGAGCCUAUUACACUUCACCAACCAGGCUUUGUGAAUGACGUCCGUCUGAAUGUCUUCGGCCAAGUGUAUUAUGCUCACUCCAUCAUCCUCAAACUACAUUCCAAAUAUUUUCGGUCAGCUUUAGAAUGGGGAGGGAACCAUGCAGUUCCAACAGGAAAGUUGCUUUAUGAUUUUACCUCUGUAGUUGAUGAAGAUGGAUUUUGGCUUAUGGAGUUAAUCAAAUCGACAUCAAAUUUCGAUAACCUCACGAACACAAACAAACUAAGAGCCGGGCAAACUGAAGAAGGAGAAAGGCGUGCUUUCGAAGCCGUACUCUUCGCUUUUUACAAUAGACCAUACCUCAUUCGCGACUUUGAAAGUUUCAAUGACAUCGUCCGCUCGGCAGAAUCCUUGUGUGCGCGUCCGGCCCUUUCACAUACUCUGGAUUCCGCAUUUCACAGAAGUCCCGGAUUUACUGGUACGAUCUGUCAGAACAGUGACUCUUUGAUUCGAAUCGCUAAACAGCUACACCACCCUAUUCUCUUCCGGGAGUGCUUAGUUUACGAAGUUUCAAAGGCAAAAAGUACCGCUGGCAAAGAACAUUGGCAAUUAAAGUUCGACGACGACGAAGAUAUCAAAUCUUGUUUCCGUAAAGCACUCCAUAGUGUUGACUAUAUACGGAAUUCCAUUGAUUGUGGCAUCGAUUUUUUUAGGAAAGACUCGAGGGAAUGGCGAAGAAUGUUGAUGGUGAAACGUGGUAUGAUGGAUGAUGUACUAGAGUACCAGAGUGCUACCUAUUACCGAGAAGUGAUGAGGCGUUUGGAAGCUAAAAAGUUAAAGAAUAUCAAUAUGGAGUGGUAUCAAAAUUUUCUAACUUUAUUAUCAAGCAACUUGACUCUUGACGGAACUUUAGGUCGUGUCGGCGAGGAAAGAAGCCCUGGCACACAGAGUAACAAAAGGGGCUUCUUUUGUGCCAAAAUUCGGGAUGAAGAUCUUCCCUGGGAUCGGGAAAGUGUGGACUGGUAA